AUGAUCCACAUCAAGACCACUUAUCCAAAAUUUAGAAAGAGAACAAAGUGGCUGCAAGAUAAGCACAAUAACACUUUCAUUCAAUGGCUCCACUUUAAGGUUCAAAGUGAACUUAAUGGGGAAGAGCAUAAUGGCGUAUCAGAAAAUUUGAGGUUGCUAGCAGCUGGUCCAAGCAUGACACAAGAUGAUGUGCGAACUGUCCAAAAUAGUGGAGUUUAUUUACUUGCACAUACUAUGCAAGUUGCUAGUGCCAAGGAUAAAAACCCUAUUGUCUCCAAUAUGGAUAACACUUCGGGCCUUGUAGUCGACGAACUUGGAUUUACCCUUGUAGAUCUGAGUAAAAUUGGACAUAGGAAUGACCAAUUUGUCAUGGCUUCUCAAGUCAAACAAGUAUUUUAUGUUGACGACCCAAUGCAUCGUGGUUGGUCGGUAGUAUUAUCAAUGCCUAAUAGAGAAUAUAAUUAUGUUAUUAGUGAUGAUGUGCUAGGUGAUACUAGAAUUGAGUGUGAGCCAUUUACUAGACGGAUACCAAAUGUUGACACAUUUGAUGACCUAGUUGCUGAGUUUGGGAAUGAAAAUAUUAGAGAUGGGUGUGAAGAUAUAUGGAUUGAUUGA